AGACUGCAGCUUGCUCUCCAGGCCUACAAUACCGGACAGUUUCAGAGCUAUCGGGCUGCUGCUGCUGCAUUCAACGUUAACCAACGCAGGCUCUCUGAACGCGCUAGCAAUACUCCAUUUCAACUCAACGUACGCGCAAACUGCCAGAAGCUUACUACAACUAAAGAGCAGAUAAUUAUAGGCAUAAUAGGGUUAAUAAAGGUUGUCACAGGCGCUAAGAGACGCGCUCGACCUGAGCUUGUUCAGCCAGGCGAUCAGGAGUGGGUUACAGUUAUACAGAGCAUCUGCGCUGCUGGAUAUGCGACCCUGCCUUUCAUCAUCUACAAAGGACGCAUCCACAUCUCUGCCUGGUACGAGGAGACAGAUAUACCACACAAUUAGAAGCUCUCUGUCUCUGAGAAUGGCUGGACAAACAACGCGCUUAGCCUUGAGUGGUUGAAGCAUUUUAACGCGCAAACAAGAGCGCGUUAGGUAGGGGGAUACAGGCUACUUAUCUUGGACGGCCAUAAGAGCCACCUUAACUAGGAUUUUAAGGACUAUUGCCUGGAUAACAAGAUCCUUACUCUCUGUAUGCUAGCUCACUCGUCACACAUCCUCUAGCUGCUUGACGUGGUCUGUUUCUUGCUGUUAAAGCGCAAGUACUCCUAACGCGUCUAGGACUUAGCACGCUAACGCGUCUUCUACAUUAAUAAUAAAGGCUUCCUACUAGCCUUUAGAGACGCGUUUCUUAACGUGUUUACAAAGGCUAACUGUUAGAAGGCCUUUAAGGCAUUAGGGCUAGUCCCUACUAACGCGCAGGUAGUGUUAGAUUGCCUUAAGGUGCAACACUAUACCCCACUAGCACCCCCUCUACUAGAGACACUGUG